GUCAGCCGGGUGGGAGGGAGAGCCCUCAGCUCUCAGCAUGAAGGCUCUGUGCCGGGAGGAUGUGCGAUCAGGCAGCCCGCUACUGCAAGGACGGCGUCCACAAACUACUCACUAAGGAACAGCCGAAACUGCGGGCUGCAAGCAGCGAGGCAGCGACGGCUGCGCACUCCGGCAGCGGCAGCGCUCAGCUCGGCGGCAUUGACGGGCUAGUCCGCUGGAUCGUCACCAAGAUGAGCGACAGCAAGAACCUUUCCAGCCGGGAGAUGCUCAAGGAGGAGCCGGUUGCGACCCGGGAGCCUCGAAAAGGCAUCUCAGUCAUCCUCGAUAUAUUUAGAAGAGCAGACAAAAAUGAUGAUGGAAAGUUGUCCCUGGAUGAGUUUCAGGCAUUCUUCUCUGAUGGAACUCUCAACGAACAGGAGCUGGAGAAGCUUUUUCACACUAUCGAUUCCGACAAUACCAAUAAUGUUGACACUAAGGAGCUGUGUGAAUACUUUGCCUCUCACAUGGGAGACUAUGAAGAUGUGUUGGCUUCCCUGGAGACUCUCAACCUCUCCAUUCUUAAGGCCAUGGACUAUACUAAGAGGGUUUAUGAGCGAGGCACCAAUGUGGACCAGUUUGUGACACGCUUCUUGUUAAAAGAGACUGCCAAUCAGAUUCAGUCACUGCUGAAUUCUGUGGAGAGUGCUGUGGAUGCCAUAGAUGAGCAGACCUCUCAGUCCAGGCAUUGUCAAAGCAAAGAGAGUCAUGUUGUAACAGACCGCUGGUACAACAGCAAGGUUCCUGACUAUCCUCCCAACAACAGAGUUAUGGCUAAGGAGCAGAAGAGGAACAUCCAGCCUAGUAAAGGUCCAGUAGAGGUCAAAGAAGAGGGCCUGGAAAUUCAGAUUAAAAGACUGGCUGAGCUAAUCGGGCGACUAGAGAACAAGACUGUAUGGUUUGAUGUUCACCAGAGGCUGACAGAGUCCGACGGGACAGCCUGCGCAUGUUUGUACUUGGUCCGCCAAGAAAUGGUGGUUUCCCAGAAACACCUUGGAGAAUUCUGUGAGGCGCUGAAAAAUUAUCUGAAAAACAUCACAACCUUGAAAGACUGUUUCCAUGCUACUGCCUUGAGGCUUCCCGAUGGAAUCACCUUUGUUUUGUAUGAAUUCUGGGAGGGAGAAGAGGAGUGGAAAAGGCAUCUCCAGAGUGCAGUCUGUAAGGCACUCCAGCACGUGAAGGUGGACACCCUGGUGCAGCCUGAAGUCAUGUCCCAUGUUGCAGUGCCAGCUGCAUGGUGCACUCUGAACCAGGACUGACUGAGCCUGCCUGGUCCAGCCCGGACAACCCUGAGCUGCUGUUUCCAGAACUUUCUUCUCAGUAUCUGUUCACUGAAUGCUCUUCCUCUCUGCAGAGGGCAUCCUCGCCUUUUUUUGUAAUGACUUGUUUACAAACCGCAUCUGUUAGAUACUAAACAUAGCACACGUAAGGAAUGCUGGGUCUGUGAGGGCGUAACGGCCUUCUUUGAAAGUGAGGAAUGGUAAAGUCACUGUCGGAUUCAGAGUGCUGCUCACAUGGCAGAAUCGUGACCAUGAGGUCGUCCUUUGGCUAAGUUCCAAAUAUGCAUCCCAUGGUUUUCUCUACCUUUCUUACCGAGUGCCAUUGGAAUAAACAAUCAAAAAAAGACACCGUUCAGAUUAACUCUUUGAGGGCUGAAUCAAGUUUUCUGAAAAGCACACAAAGCAAUGUUUGUUUGUUUUUUUUUUGUUCUUUAUUUCGCCUUACACAAUUUCUCAUAUUAGGAAUUUGUUACUUUUCACAUACCCCUUGGGGUCAGAGUGCCCCUGGAGCAAUUACAGGUUAAGGGUCUUGCUCAAGGGCCCAGCAGAGUUGGAUCUCUUUUGGCAGUGACGGGGAUUCGAACCGGCAACCUUCUGUUAACCAGCGCAGAUCCUUAGCCUCAGAUUCACCACUCUGCCCCUUCACACAUAAAAGUCAACAUAAAACGUCUGUUGCUAUGUGCUGUGGCUGCUGUUGGCGCACAUUCGGCAUCUCUGGUGGCAGCAACUGCAUGGGGGCACCUCAGUGGUCAACAGGAAUGCACGGUGGGCCAGCUGCCUGGCUGUCUUCACACAGCAGGUGGGCAGCAGUGGCGGUCGCAGUGUGACACAAUAUGGUCUGUACCUUCUGUCAUCGUAAGUGGUGAUCCUCCCAGGCAAACACUGCUGUUUCAGCUACACGAAAGUGUUCAGCACCAUGAUCAGCUGGGGACCGAUCAGAUGUUGCUGGUACCUCAUUUUCAUUUUUGAUAUCCAUCUCCAGAUCACUUGCAUCAAAAUCAGAGUCUGACGAGUCAGAGUCUUAUUCAACGAAAUUAUGUAAAACGCCCAUGGAGUAUUUUGCUUUGGACAUUCACUUUGGUCUCUCGCCAGAUGUCGGUGCCAAUUUAGAGGUUGUUUGCUCUUCGCUACUCAUGCACACGUAGGGAGUCGAGGUUAAAUCAACAAAGCUAUGUAACUUUCCUUCUAGCUAAGAGAGUCGAACUAAAACGUAAAGGUGAGUUUUGUUGCAGUUUACCGCUGAUUACCGUCCUCUACUCCUGAAUUUUGACAAAAGUUGACAUCAGCCCUGAAAGAGUUAACCUUGGAGGCCUCCUCUACAGAAGACCACUCGGGAUCUUCCAGCAGUUGGAGGACCUCCAAGUUUUUCAGAACGCAUUCAUGAAGGCCCACUGUCCAGUUUCUUCUCUGUCCACAAUCAGUUUAGAACAGGGGUAGGCAACGUCAGUCCUGGAGUGCCACAGUAUGUGCAGGUUU